AUGAAGCAACCACUACGAUCACAAUCCUUUAAACACCGUGCCAAGCCCCUACCACAGGAGCCCAGGAGAGAUUCACGGUCGCCACUAGAAGAUGCGAGCCAGGAACGCCGUCGCAGCACGCCGACCAUCACGCGUCGCGGCUCGCUGCAAAGGACGAGACUCGAGCCGAGGACCGAUGUGUGGCCAGAAGCUAAGCCGGCUAGCGAGGUGGAAGAACGUUUCCUGAAAUUGCCCGAUUCCGAGGACUACACCCGCGUCCGCCAGUUCCGCAUCGACGAGCGGGGCGCCGUCGUGAGCCGCGGGGACAGUUUUCGCCGUAAACGCCAAGGAGACAAAUCGCCCUCUCCGUACGCGCUGAGCGAUUCGGCCCGCGAUUCUCGCAGUGAGAGCGUCUCCUCCGGUGAUGAUCUUCAGAAGAAGGCGCCCGCCGUGCCGAGCAUCACCUCAGAAAAUGAUGCUCCGCCGCCCGUCGCCCCAACCACCAGCCACUUUGUUUACAAGGUGUACGUCGUCGGCGAUAGGGGAACUGGAAAAUCGGCGCUGAUCUCGCAGUUCAACUCGUCGGAGUACAAGAACGCGUUUGCCGACGAGAUUGAAGUUUACGAAAACACGGUGUCGAUUUGUAUCGGCGGUGAGGAGUGCGAUCUCGUCUUCUUCGAAUCGGAUAUGGCUGAUCCACUCUUCCUCACCGAUGAAGUCUCGGCGUUUCUCGUGCUCUAUUCGAUCGACUCGCGCUCCUCGUUCAAGCAGGCUGUAUAUGGGAUGGAAAUGAUCCGAAAUCGCCAAAAUCUCCAGCACAUCCCAAUUUUACUCGCCGGCAACAAGGCCGACCUAGAGCGGAAGCGAGCCGUCGCCAAAUCAGACGUGAAAGACGCGGCCAGUCGCUUCGCCUGCGAGCAGUUCGAGAUCUCGGUGGCGCUGAAUCACGAUGUUGAUGACCUGCUGGUCGGGCUGCUCGCCGAGAUCAAGGAAUCGUUCGGGCCGCGCGAUGAUAGGCAGCCGAGUAUGCCGACUUCGCCGCGGAUCGUCGAGAUGAGGGAUAAGGACGACUUCAAGGCAGCUAUUCGGCGUUAUUCACAGCGAAAGAAGAAGGAGACGGAUAAUCAGCCGACCGCCAAAUGCUCGGUGCUGUCCCCAUCCGGUUUCCUAAAUAAACUGAAGCAAUGGAAGCGAAGCGUCAGCCCGAGAAUCAGCACA